GUGGGUGAAAAUGGAGUGUCCAGAUGAGAUGGGACAAAAUGAAAAGAGAGAAAAAAAAGUUGACGUUAGCACCCUAAGCCCAGAAAAGGCCGAAUUGCAGAUCCACGAAAGGCGCCAUAACCCAGCCCAUCCAUAUGCUAUGGGCCAUGAUCUCAGCCUAUCCAAAUAAGGCCCAAGUAAAAUAAUCUGUCCGUACCAGCCCACGAAUAGCCCACGAACUAUCCAAAGGCAGUAGAGCCCUUCGCCUCCCGGCCGCCUCGACGCAUCGACGACGCCGGCGACCAGGAGAUCCCGCGGCCAUGCCGCCGCCGCCGCCGCCGCAUCCCCUCCCCUCACCAUGCCGCCGACGCCGCUGCCUCCUGCUCCUCCUGCUCUCCAGGCUGCUGCUCUCUUCAGCAAGCAGCUUGGAGGAGGGGAGGGUCCUCACCGUCGGCGAGGAGCUGAUGGGUGAGACGAUGCCGCUGCGCCACGGAAGCCGGCUGUACAGGCUCGACGGGACGCGGCCGUCCGCGUGGUACGAAGUCAAGAUCUCCUACCCGGCCUCCAUACCGUCGAGCUUCUCGAUCCGGCUUGUGGACGAUCCUCACUCUGUGGAGGAUUUGGGGAGCAUGAACAGGAGGUUGCUCAACACGGAGAAGAUAAUUUUCAAGGCUCAGAGCAGCAGGCCAGUUUAUGUUCUUGUCACGGUGGAGCCUGAAGGGGUAGUUGCAAAGCCAAAUGUGCCGGAGAGAGAGCUUGCGAUGUUCAACAUUGUUUGCGACGAACUUAUGCUUGGGAUCCCACAUUUUGCCUGGUGGGUUGGAAUUGGAUCUCUGUUCUGUAUUGCGCUGGCAUCUGUGGCUCCCUAUUUUCUCCCUCUGCACAAGCUACUUAACUACGAAGCCACAGAACUGAGUGAUGACUUUGCGGCUAAGCUCUCAUGAUAGAUGGAAGUGUGCUGAAUGAUAGAAAUGUUUCAUUUUGCAGAGUAGGCUAUUGUACAGGCACCUAGCUCUUUUUUCCUUUCCAUCAGAUGCAGCUGUGUACAAGUAUUUACUGUACCUUGCAAUACAAUGGUAGAUUCAUUCAUUUCGAUCUUGUAAGAUUGGUUCCGUGAUGGGCUCUAGUUUACUUUGUUUUUUCCCGGAAAAGGCUAUACAUACUAACUUUUUCUCUCUAAA